CGGUUGUACUCGUUCGCUGUAAUACGCAUUGUCAGCGCGCCGAUUGAAACGCCCGUUCGCGUCGUCUUUCAGUUUUGACGAGCGAAAAGGUCUCGUGCACGAACAAAGAUGGAGUCGGCUCAGAAUCGUUCCAAAACCAUUAUUCCGCAACAGAAAAAUCUGCUCUACAGUUACAUGAGACGGCAUCCUUCGCUGUCUAUGGGGAAAUUCUCGAGGAAUUUUACGCAUAAAAACGCUCAAAGGUUGUGGAUGGAGCUGACAGAGACGUUGAACGCGGUUCCCGGAGGUAGUUUCAAGAAUUGGAGACAGUGGCGAAAGCUUUGGCAAGAUCUCCGUUGCAGAGAGAAGAAAAUGUACCGCACGUCAUCAAACGCAUUUCCAGAAGAAAACACCGACAUAAAAGUCCUGGUAUCUCCGAAAUUAGAGCCUCCAGAUGAAGAGCAUCCUAAUGGAGACAUCGCCGAUUCAGUCUCAUCCACCUCCACCACCAGACCCAUGCCUCCUUUGUACAGCAGCAAACAAAUGGCUUCAAUGUCGUUCAAUUCUCCAUCCACCUCCCAAGGGCCUCCUCCUUUGACUCUAAUCGAGCCCCCAAGGUUGAUUCCUCUGACUAAUACAAAGACUGUACCGAAAGUUGUAGAAUGUCCCUCAAAUGUAAAUGAUAACAAAGAAGAAAAAGAUAGCAAGGAAAAAUACAGAGAGGAACUGGUAGCAGUAAAAUGGGCCAAAGUAAAGGCUUUGGAACGAAUAGCGACAGCUUUAGAAGUAUUAGUUCACAGUAAAGUUAAUUUACCUGAAGGGAUUGCCUCUGCAUUACGAUAAAUAAUUAGCAUAUACUAUAAAUUUUUGUACAUAUUUAUUUUCAUAAGAGUUUAAUAUACUUAACUUUCGUAGAUA